AUGACUACGCCAAAGGGAAGGGCUGGGAAAUGGCUGUGCGUGUUUCUGCCGUGGAGAAGGGGCUGGGUGCCACACGAGGAGGAGCGGCAUGUGAAAGCGAAUGACCGUGACUAUAACGACAGGUUUGCGUAUGCGGCCAAUCACAUCAAAACCUCAAAAUACAACAUCUUCACCUUUCUGCCUAUUAACCUUUUUGAGCAGUUCCAGCGCGUUGCCAAUGCGUACUUCAUGUUUCUGCUCAUAUUACAGCUGAUUCCUACGGUCUCCUCUCUGUCCUGGUUUACCACCAUCGUGCCUUUGGCAAUGGUGCUGACAGUGACUGCUGUCAAAGAUGCUAUGGAUGACUAUUUUCGGCAUAAAUGCGAUCAACAAGUCAAUACUCGCCAGUCUCAGGUACUCAUCAAGGGCAAGUUGGAAAAUGAGAAAUGGAUGAAUGUUCGUGUAGGAGACAUCAUCAAGCUGGAGAACAACCAGUUUGUAACUGCUGAUAUCCUUCUGUUAUCGAGCAGUGAGCCCUAUGGACUGUGUUAUAUUGAAACAGCAGAACUGGAUGGAGAGACGAAUCUGAAGGUGCGGCAGGCUUUAACGGUGACCUCGGAGCUGGGAUCAGAUAUUACCAAGUUGGCAGAGUUUGAUGGGGAGGUCAUCUGUGAGCCUCCAAAUAACAAAUUGGACCGGUACACCGGGACCCUUUUCUGGAAAGAUAAUAAGUAUCCCCUCGACAACGAGAAGAUGCUGCUUCGUGGCUGUGUGCUCAGAAACACCGACUGGUGCUUCGGCAUGGUCAUAUUCGCAGGGCUCCAAACCAAGCUGAUGCAAAACUGUGGGAGAACAAAGUUCAAAAGAACCAGCAUCGAUAGGCUGAUGAACACAUUAGUGUUAUGGAUUUUUGGAUUUCUCGCAUGCAUGGGCAUCGUCUUGGCCGUGGGGAACACCAUAUGGGAGGAGAGGGUGGGCAGAACAUUCCAGGUGUACCUGCUGUGGGAUGAGGUGCUGAGUAAUUCCGUGUUCUCCGGGUUCCUUACCUUCUGGUCUUACAUCAUCAUCCUCAACACUGUGGUCCCCAUCUCACUCUAUGUCAGUGUGGAGGUCAUUCGGCUAGGACACAGCUACUUCAUAAACUGGGACCGCAGGAUGUAUUACGGUCGGAGAGACAUGCCGGCUGAAGCCAGAACCACAACAUUAAACGAGGAGCUGGGUCAGGUGGAGUACAUCUUCUCUGACAAGACUGGCACCCUCACCCAAAACAUCAUGACCUUCAACAAGUGCUCGAUUAAUGGAAAGACCUACGGUGAUGUCUUUGAUGAGUUUGGACAUAAAGUGGAAAUCACAGAGAAAACACCAUGCGUGGACUUCUCCUUCAAUAUGUUGAGGGACAGGAGAUUCCGGUUCCAUGACAGCAGUUUGGUGGAGGCCAUAAAGCUGGAAGAGCUGACCGUUCAUGAGUUCUUCCGACUCCUGGCGCUCUGUCACACGGUCAUGCCCGAGGAGAAGAACGAAGGAGAGCUGACUUAUCAAGCACAGUCCCCUGAUGAGGGCGCCCUGGUCACCGCUGCACGCAAUUUUGGGUUUGUCUUCAGAGCCAGGACGCCGGAGACCAUAACGCUCUAUGAAAUGGGUCGGCCUGUCACCUACCAGCUCCUGGCCAUCUUGGAUUUCAACAACGUGCGCAAGAGAAUGAGUGUCAUUGUGAGGACGCCAGAGGGACAACUGAAACUCUACUCAAAGGGGGCCGACACAAUUAUAUUUGAUAGGCUGGAUCCAUCAAAUGAAGAGUUGAUGUACACUACCUCAGAACAUCUCAAUGAGUUUGCUGGAGAAGGAUUGAGAACAUUAGCUCUGGCCUACAAAGAUCUAGAUGAGGAUUUCUUUGAGGAAUGGAUGAAGAAGCUCCAUUUGGCCAGCACCGGGCUGGAUAACAGAGAGGACCGCCUCGCCCUUCUGUACGAGGAGAUUGAGCAGGACCUGCUGCUGUUGGGUGCUACAGCCAUAGAGGACAAACUACAGGAAGGCGUGGUAGAGACCAUUGUCUGUUUAACUCUGGCCAACAUUAAGAUCUGGGUCCUCACAGGAGACAAGCUAGAGACAGCAAUGAAUAUCGGCUACUCCUGUAACAUGCUACGAGACGACAUGAACGAGGUCUUCAUCAUCUCAGGUCACACAGUGCAGGAGGUCCAACAGCAGCUCAGAGGAGCAAGAGAACAGAUUCUGGGGCCAUGCAGGGAGGUCGCCAAUGGCUGCAUGGACGGGGAGAAGUCUGAAGUAAAUAGGAAGGACUCGGUUUUUGAGGAAACCUUCACUGCCGAGUACGCAUUAAUCAUUAACGGGCACAGUUUGGCCCACGCCCUGGAGGCUGAUCUGGAGCGAGUGCUGCUGGACACGGCCUGCCUGUGUAAGACGGUUAUCUGCUGCCGCGUCACACCCCUGCAGAAGGCCCAGGUGGUGGAGCUGGUGAAGAAGCACCGGGGGGCCGUUACUCUGGCUGUGGGGGACGGGGCCAACGACGUCAGCAUGAUCAAGACGGCGCACAUCGGCGUGGGCAUCAGCGGGCAGGAGGGCAUGCAGGCUGUGCUGGCGUCGGACUACUCCUUCGCCCAGUUCCGCUUCCUGCAGCGCCUCCUGCUGGUGCACGGCCGCUGGUCCUACUUCCGCAUGUGCAACUUCCUCUGCUACUUCUUCUACAAGAACUUCGCCUUCACCCUGGUGCACUUCUGGUUCGGCUUCUUCUGUGGUUUCUCGGCACAGACGGUGUAUGACCAGUGGUUUAUAACCCUCUUUAACAUCGUCUACACCUCUCUGCCUGUUCUUGCGAUGGGCAUGUUUGACAAGGACGUCAACGAGCAGAACAGCCUUCAGCACCCGAAGCUAUACGAGCCCGGGCAGCUCAACCUGCUGUUCAACAAGCGGCAGUUCUUCCUGUGCACGCUGCAGGGGAUGUACACCUCCUUCGUGCUCUUCUUCGUCCCCUACGGAGCCUUCUCCUACGCCGUCAGGGACGACGGCUCCCAUAUCUCUGACCAACAGUCCUUCGCCGUCACCAUAGCAACUUCCUUAGUGAUUGUUGUGAGCGUUCAGAUUGGGCUGGAUACACAUUAUUGGACAGCUGUGAAUCACUUCUACGUAUGGGGAAGCGUUGCGGUCUAUUUUGCCAUAUUAUUUGCGAUGCACAGUGACGGCAUAUUUGGUAUAUUCCCAAGCCAUUUCCCCUUUAUCGGCACGGCGCGGAACUGCCUGACCCAGAAGAGCAUGUGGCUGGUCAUUCUCCUCACCACGGUGAUAUGCGUGGUGCCGGUUUUGGCAGUCCGAUUCCUGAGGGCAGAUCUCUACCCAUCCUUAACAGACAAGGUACGUAACCUACAACGGGCGAGCAGAAGACAGCGUCCUCAGGAGAAGAAUCUGAAACGCGUGCGCAGGACCAGCUCACGCCGUUCCGCCUACGCCUUCGCUCACCAGGAAGGCUACGGCGAGCUCAUCACCUCGGGCAAGAACAUGAAGGUCGCUGGGGCCAGCUCGGCACCCCCUGCUGGGAGGAUCCAGAACAGCAGCAGCUGGAUCGAGAACCUGCUUAAGAAGAGGAACGACAUGAUGAGUGUCGCCUCGGAACCACAGACCAACAGCACAGAGACCAACGGCACGGACAACACCAAAACUGAACCGCACAGAGACUGAGGGAAACACAGGAGCACAAUUUGAGGGAAAAGUUUCUCUGAAAGUUAACAGUUAUGGGCUUGGAAAACUGAGGAGACCAAAACACCUCAGCACAAAAACCAAAACAAAGAACAGAAC